AUGUCUCCACUUAUAUAUUCUCCGAGACUUGUUUCUCUGUCACAUAGUAAUUUGUGGCAACGCUUACAGAAUAAUGUUAUAUCGCAACACAGUAGAUUAUUAUCAACAGAACUCGCGCGUCCUGUUAGAGGAACACGCGACCGUUUUGGAACCGAAAAUGUAAAAUAUGAUCAUAUCUUGAAAGUCGCAUCUUCCAUUGCAGAACUACAUUGCUAUAAUCACGUUUCUACUCCAAUAUUAGAAUUAUCUCAGGUUUUUGAGCGAACUUUAGGCGAUGAUUCUGAUAUAGUCGGAAAGGAAUUGUAUAGCUUUAUUGAUAAUGGAGAUAACAAAUUAACUUUGAGACCGGAAGGAACCGCUGGUAUCGUUAGAGCAUUAAUCAGUAAUAACUUAUUUUACGAUCUCCCACAAAAAUUUUAUUAUUAUGGUCCCAUGUUUCGUCAUGAAAGGCCUCAAAAAGGGAGGUUAAGGCAGUUUGAACAAUUUGGUGUUGAAUUGUUUGGUCAUGAACACCCGACCUCUGAUAUUGAAGUAAUUGAUAUGGCUUGGACAUUCUUAAAUAAAAUCGGACUUGGUGGGUCUUUUGAAAUUGAGAUCAAUUCCCUGGCCGAUAAUGAAUCUCGGAUGCGAUAUCGUGACGCUGUAAGAGAAUAUUUACGUAAAAAUGAACAUCACCUUUCAGAGGAUAGCGUAAAGAGGAUUUCAACAAAUCCUUUACGCGUUUUAGAUUCAAAAAGUCCAAAAGAUGUUCCAAUUAUUCAAAAUUGUCCAAAAAUCACAGAAUAUUAUAAUUUUACAUCUGCUAAGAGAUUUGACGUCGUCUGUCAAGGACUUCAAAGUUUAGGUAUACCAUAUAAAAUUAACCCCCAUCUAGUUAGAGGAUUAGAUUAUUAUGAUAGUACAAUAUUUGAAUUCAAAUGUAUGGACUCUAACCUUGGAGCCACUCAAGGAACCAUAUUGGCUGGUGGUAGAUAUGAUAGUCUUGUUCAAAUGAUGGGCGGAAAAGACAAAGUUCCUGGAAUUGGCUGGGCUGCAGGAAUUGAUAGAUUAGCAAUGAUAUUAGAUGAAAAUAUAUUAUCACCACGAGAAAGACCAAUCGCAAUUGUUGUAAUACCCAAUCGUGAAAAAGCACCAUCUUCUGAAAAUAGCUCAGCAGAUCUUGACUCUGUAAUGCCCUUGAAAAAUAAUAAAUUAUAUUAUCAUGGUCUUAACCUUUCCAAAUCUUUACAUGCUCAAGAUAUUUCGACAUUGUUUUAUCAUCCCCCUCAAAGUUCACGUCAAUCAUCGUUGAAAACUAUAUUGAGUAAUGUUGCAAAGACCAAUGCUUCACAUGUGAUACUUGUGGGUGAAAAUGAAAUCUCAAAGGGUGAACUAAGUUCGAAUUAG